UAAAUUUUGCCACCAGAUGGUGUAUGCCCGUUUGACGGAUCCCAAUAGUUAUCCAUUAAUUAUGCCAUCUUUCUCCUUUUAGGUACCUUUGUAAAUCGAUUAAGCGAUCAUUACAGAUUAGCCCCCGAAAAUAUAACCCUUAUUGGGUACAGUUUGGGUUCGCACGUGUCUGGUGUUGCUGGGACCACGGCAAAGGGUAAAGUUGGGACCAUAAUUGGUCUUGACCCCGCAGGGUUGGCCGUUGCUUUUGUUAAUAAAUAUUGUGCCAAAUUUGUACAAAUUAUUCACACGUCGGAUAUUCUGGGUUAUCAAGAUUUGAUAGGACACGUAGAUUUCUACCCCAACGGCGGUAAAAAGCAACCUGGUUGUGAAGACAUCUUGUGCGACCACGUUAGGGCUGUAAUGUAUUUCGGGGAAUCCCUCCUAACCGGAGGUUUUACUGCUGUUAAUUGUAAUAAUUACAAGAACUUCGAAGCUGGAAGAUGCGAUAAAAAUAAAGUUUCGUACAUCGGCAGAAUGGAUUUGGACAAGGGGGCUCGUGGACGUUACUAUCUCAAUACCGCCUCCACAGCACCAUUUUCUGUUCGUUAAUUAAUAUUUAAUUGUUCUUUUAUUUAAUCUUUUUUGUUGGGGUGUGAUUGACCCGAAAUUAAUUUUUAUAAUAUUAUCAUAAUUUAUUGGAUUGAUAUGAGGCUUAUAUUGGUACAAUUAAUGCUUUUUGUUAAGUAUAAAUAUAGGCUUAUUAGGCUUUAAAAUUCAUACCUAUGAAUGAAAUGAUUAAAUUGCAUUUACGUAAUAUUACAUGUUAUUUCAAUGAAAUAAAUUAUAUUACUACA